AUGUCUGAAGAAGUGGAGACAACAACACCUGAGUAUUGGUUGAAGCGUUGGGAGGAUAAUCAAAUAGGAUGGCACAAAGACACCGUGAAUAGGUUUCUCAUCAAGUACGCCGAUGAGCUGACUCAAGGGCGAUCCAGCUUGCGAGUGUUCGUUCCAUUGUGCGGAAAAAGUCUGGAUAUGUUGUGGUUAGCGGAUCAAGGCCACAAUGUAGUGGGUGUAGAGUUAGCCAAGCAGGCAGUCGAGGAUUUCUUUCAAGAGAACAAGCUGACUUUCAAGCUGGAAAAAGUUAAAAUCGUCGCAGCAACCGAUCCAAUCGACGUAUACAAAUGCGUGGAGAAGCAAAUAACAAUUUUUUGCUGCGAUUUAUUUGCUCUCACAGUGGACGCUGUCGGUGGAGAAUUCGAUGCGAUAUGGGAUCGUGCUUCUUUAGUCGCAAUGCAGCCUGCAGUUGGUAAUGGAGGCAAAAAGUACACGAAACACAUGCGAUCCCUUCUAGCCGCCGAUGGAAGGUACAUGUUGGAGAGCCACCACUAUGAACUUGACCGCGGGAACAAACCACCUGCCAGCAUCUCCGAAGAGCUCAGAAAAGAAAUUUAUGGAGAAGACUUUAUAAUGAAAGAAUUGGAGGUGGAGAGUUUUGCAGAAGAUCCAAAUAGGCAGGGCCUUAAUUCUGCUUACAACAUGCACUACCAUUUGUUAACCCCGAAGGCAAAUUAA